GAGUUACUACAGAUGCUCAGUUGCUGGUUGCCCCGUGAAGAAGCAUGUGGAGAGGGCAUCCCAUGAUCCAAAAGUGGUCAUUACAACAUAUGAAGGGCAGCAUGUCCAUAAUUUCCCAACUCCUAGGGAUAUAAGCCAAAUCUCACCAGUGCCUGAUGUCGUUACAACAGCCAUACGUACAGAUUCCAGAAUUGAAUCAGGUCACAAACAUGUCGUAGAGUCCAAAUCUGAAUCAGGUGAAAGAAAACAUGUUGGAGAUUCCAGAACUGAAUUGGGUGAAAACAAACAUAUUGAAAAGUCCAAACCUGAAUUGGGUGGAAACAAACAUGUUGGAGACUCCAAAUCUGAAUCAGGUGAAAGCAGACAUAUCGGUAAGUCCAAAAUUGAAUCAGGUGAAAACAAACAUGUUGGAGGGUCCAGAAUUGAAUCGGGUGGAAACAAACAUGUUGAAGAGUCUAAGCUUGAAUUGGGUGGAAACAAACAUGUCGGAGAGUCCAUACCUGAAUCUGCUGAAAACAAACAUGUUGGUCUUGACAUGGCUGUUCAUAUUGGUGCAAAUUGAGUGUCAACCAUCUGAUGCAAAGCGAUCAACUUAUUCAGAAGUAGAUUUCCUACAGUACCAGCUUCUAAUCUUACAAAUUUGUUCAAUUUUUCUCUUCUUGAAGGGGAGAAGAGGAGAUUUCAGUUCUAUUGGUGAUGCAGGUGUGUUAUCGUACAUUCACUGUAUAAAUUAUGUUUCUUAGCAAAUGGGAAAAGAAUGUUAGGGUUUAUCAGAAAUAACCAGUUGAUCAGGCCUAGUUUGCAGAUGCAUUUUACAUAAGAAUUGAGUGAUAACAGGGGACAUAUCGUGGAAGCCUGGAAGCUAAAGUAUCUAAUAAUGAAAUGUUGCUCUUUCUAACUUGUAAUUCUUCCCAUAUUUGUCCUGAGAUUGAGGUAUAGUUGAUUGAUUGAUAACUUGUCGGUUGUCACUUCUCGUGAUCCUGACAUAGAAAUGAGUUUUUA